CGGCAAUGUUGACGUUCAAUUUGUCACGGCGAUUCCUACGAAUAUAUGUUUUGUGAAGGUUCAACGAAUAAUGCCAGUGACAUUCUCGUGAACGGUGUGACGCCGCGUGACUACGUCCUCAUCGACGAGAUCCGCGAGCAUCCCACCAAGUUGUGAAUAUGUAAUCUUUUUAUGCACUAGGGCUUUGGCUCGAUGCAUAACGCGCCAUAUUGGUUUGAGAAAAUAUCGUCCAAUUCAGUGGAACCAUAGCUGCGUAUCGUUUUUACAUCGCGAAUAAAUUUUGUUUUACAAGCUUACUCCGACGAUGGAAGAGACAAAGAUUAUUUAUCAUAUGGAUGACGAAGAGACGCCGUAUUUGGUAAAGCUCAACAUAUCGCCGGAAAGAGUGACCCUGUCCGAUUUUAAGAACGUUUUAAAUCGACCGAAUUAUAAGUAUUUCUUCAAGUCAAUGGACGAUGACUUUGGGGUGGUAAAAGAAGAAAUAAUAGAUGACGAUGCUCAUCUGCCAUGUUUCAAUGGUCGAGUUGUUUCUUGGUUGGUCUCUGCCGAAGGUAGCAACGUUUCAGAUGGUGCGUCUCAGUGUACAGACUCUAUGGCCCACAGUGAAGCAAAACAUGACCGUGUAGAUCAUGCAAUACCUGGACAUGGUAAUAGAGGAAACGCUUCACUUUCACAUGACGACACAUUGACAGAAACCGAAAGCAUUAUAAGUAGUCGACAAGGGCAUCACUUACAUAAAAGUUCGAGACAUCAUUCAGAAAAGUAUGAAAAAUACAGUAAAUAUAAUGGACUCCGGAUAAAUGGUCACUCGAAACAUCGUUCUGGUCAUGGAUAUGAAACUGCUUCGAUUUUGAGUUCAGAUCUAGAAACGACAACGUUUUUAGAAUCAGACGACGAUGCUAGCAGUCGUAUCACGUCGACAACGGGUCGACAUACCAACAUGAGUAGUACGGUCGACAGGGGUACACUUGAUCGACGUCGACCGCAAAGAAAACGACGACACAGAUUACCACCUAUGUCUCGAACGUCGUCAUUUAGUAGUAUUACUGACAGUACAAUGUCUUUAAAUAUUAUAACUGUUUCACUAAAUAUGGAUACUGUUAAUUUUCUUGGUAUUAGUAUUGUCGGUCAAAGCAACAAAGGCGGGGAUGGUGGAAUAUAUGUUGGUUCAAUAAUGAAAGGGGGAGCGGUUGCUUUAGACGGUCGAAUAGAACCUGGUGAUAUGAUUCUUCAAGUCAAUGAUAUUAAUUUUGAAAAUAUGUCCAAUGACGAAGCGGUAAGAGUAUUGCGUGAAGUAGUGCAAAAACCAGGACCAAUAAAACUCGUUGUUGCGAAAUGUUGGGAUCCAAAUCCAAAAGGUUACUUUACAAUACCGCGUACAGAGCCGGUACGUCCCAUAGAUCCUGGUGCGUGGGUAGCGCACACGGCCGCUAUAAGAGGCGAAGGUUUCCCGCCUCGUCCACCAAGUGCCACAACGUUAACUUCAACUUCGAGCAGUCUUGCGAGUACGUUGCCAGAUACUGAACGACCCUUGGAAGAGCUCCACUUGACUGUUCAUACCGAUAUGCCAACAAUAGUACGAGCGAUGGCUCGAUCUGACUCUGGCUUAGAGAUACGCGAUCGAAUGUGGCUAAAAAUUACUAUUCCAAAUGCAUUUAUUGGCGCGGAUGUUGUGGACUGGCUCAAUACGCACGUAGAGGGAUUUCUUGAUCGACGCGAUGCCAGGAAAUAUGCGUCGCUUAUGUUAAAAGCUGGUUACAUUCGACAUACAGUGAACAAAAUUACAUUUUCCGAACAAUGUUAUUACAUAUUUGGUGAUCUGUGUUCAGCCAUGAGUAACAUGAAACUAGAUAAUGAUACAGUUAGUCCGUUGCCACCACCAAGCGCUUGGGAUAUGCCUUAUUCGGGAACAUACGCACCACAUUCGGCAACAGGUUACAGUCCCAUGCCAUUUAAUUUUACAAAUGAGCCCACCGUGUACGGUUACCAUCGAGAAGAAAGCGUGCACAGUGGUUCGGGUGGUAGCAGUGCGGGUAGCGAACGCAUUUGCAAGGAACCUAUUCACGAUCUAAAGUCAUGCUCUUCGGCGUCCGAAUCAGAGCUGCAUAAUCCGUCGGUACCAUCAAUGCCAAAUAAAAGUUCCGGCAAUGGUAAUGGAUCGAACGGAAAGAGGUCAAACGGAAGCCGCAGUCGUUCCAGUGGUUCCGAACAAUCUAUUCAAACAGGAACAGGGAAUCAGCAGAAUCAACAAGACUUAUCUGACGAAACACGCAGGGCGACGUAUGCACGAGGAGAGUCAUACACAAACUAGUGAUUUGGACAACAAUAGCAGAGACGAUAUCUAUGAAGAAGACAUUUUGGAAUACCAGUUUCUACACAAGUGAAAACUUUGUUAAAAUAUACGGAUAAUAACGCGAUCAAUCGAACGAGUGGUCAAGGUAUAUUUCCAUUAACUUUUCGUUAGUUGAAUGGAAGUAGUACACGCAAAACGUAUAUUUAUAUAUAUUUAAUAGGCCAAUUUUGAUAAAAUAUCAUAGAAAGUAAAAAAUAU